UUGAGGUUUCUAGUAGAGUAUCACAGCGCCAUCAGAGACGCUGAGAGCUUUAUUUAUAGGGAGCUAGAGAGACAGACACAGAGAGAGAGAGAGAUUUGUUCAUUCAAGAUUCAUACCGGAUCGAGCUAGAAGAAGAGAGAUGGCGUCGAGCGGCGGCGGCGGCAACAACGGAGGAGGAGGAGACGAGAGGCUGAGGGAGGCGCUGCUGGCGCCGGCCGGCGACGGCAACGGCAACGGCGGCAAGGUGGGGGAGGGGAACCUGGAGGAGAUCAGGAGCGUGCGGGCGUUCCUGCGGCACGCGGCGGAGGAGAACCGGCGGCUCUGGUACCUGGCGGGCCCCGCCAUCUUCACGUCCAUCGCGCAGUACUCGCUCGGCGCCGUCACGCUCGUCUUCGCCGGCCACCUCACAACGCUCGAGCUCGACGCCGUCUCCACCGAGAACAACGUCAUCGCCGGCCUCGCACUCGGCAUCACGCUGGGCAUGGGGAGCGCGCUGGAGACGCUGUGCGGGCAGGCGUACGGCGCGAAGCAGCUGCACAUGCUGGGCGUGUACCUGCAGCGCUCGUGGAUCAUCCUCACCGGCAUGGCCGUGCUCAUGCUCCCGCUCUACCUCUUUGCCACCCCGAUCCUGCGCCUCUUCCACCAGGACGCCGACAUCGCCGCCCUCGCGGGGAGGCUCGCGCUCUACAUGAUCCCGCAGCUCUUCGCCUACGCCCUCAACUUCCCCAUCCAGAAGUUCCUGCAGGCGCAGAGCAAGGUCGUGGCCAUGGCGGCCGUCUCCGCCGCCGGGCUGGCGUUCCACGUCGCGCUCAGCUGGCUCCUCGUGGGGCCCAUGCGGAUGGGGCUCGUCGGACUCGCCGUCGCGCUCAACGCGUCCUGGUGGUUCGUCGUGCUCGGCCAGCUCGCCUACAUCCUCAUGGGGUACUGCCCCGGCGCGUGGAACGGAUUCGACUGGCUCGCCUUCUCCGACCUCGUCGGCUUCGCGCGACUCUCCCUCGGCUCCGCCGUCAUGCUCUGCCUGGAGUUCUGGUUCUACAUGUUCCUCAUCGUCAUCGUCGGCAACCUGGAGAACGCUCAGGUCGCUGUUGCGGCAGUCUCCAUCUGCACGAACCUGUUCGGGUGGGAGAUCAUGGUGUUCUUCGGGUUCAACGCCGCCAUCAGUGUGCGGGUGUCGAACGAGCUGGGCGCCGGGCGGCCCCGCGCGGCCAAGUUCGCGAUCCUGGUGGUGCUCAUGUCGUCGGUGGCCAUCGGGCUGGCCUUCUUCGCCGCCGUGCUGGCCCUCCGCGACGUGUACGGCGCGCCCUUCACGGGGAGCCCCGCGGUGGUGCGCGAGGUGGCGAGCCUCGGCGUGGUGUUCGCCCUCUCACUGCUGCUCAACAGCGUGCAGCCGGUGCUGUCGGGCGUCGCCGUCGGCGCCGGGUGGCAGUGGCUGGUGGCCUACGUCAACCUCGGCUGCUACUACCUCGUCGGCAUCCCCGUCGGGUACCUCAUCGCCUUCCCGCUGCGCGGCGGGGUGCGGGGGAUGUGGGGCGGCAUGCUCACCGGCGUCGGCCUGCAGACCGUGGUCCUGGUGGCCAUCACGCUGCGCACCGAUUGGGACAGGGAGGCCAGGGAGGCGAGCUCCAGGAUACGGAAAUGGGGCGGGUCGGCCGCGGACAAGGCUCUGGAUCACUGAACUGAAACUGGGCUCUUCAUCUUGUGUGCUUGUGAGGUCCUCCGGCGGCACCCGCUGCUUGGGUUGUCUCCUGCAGGUCGUGUUUGUGCUGCUCUGCUUAUUGCCUUAUUGGAUUAUUGGAGGUGGUCUUGUAUGUUAGUACUGUUCAUAGGAAAACAAGCAUAGUUUUUCAAAAUCAAAGCACGCCCGGGGGGCCUCUCGUUAUUCCCCCAUUUGGCAUGGAUUCGUUUCCUCAAAAAAACAUCUCUUGGUACAAA